AUGCUAAUUGUCAUUCCUGUUCGUCUCUGGCACCUUUCACAAAAACGGAACAAAUUUGUUGGAUCAUGGUUGCUUCUCGUCAAGCUUGCAGCUUGGUUGGGAUUGGUAGCGCUCCAAAUCGCCCAGAUAGCUUUAUGGUCUCUUCCAGCAGCCGACAGAACGAAGGCUUCCAUUGCAGCCAAUGCACUUCUGACUGUCGGUGUGCUCAUGCUCGGUUUACUCUCAUAUGCAGAGCACACGCGAUCCGUGAGACCAUCGUUUAUUUUAAACACCUACCUCUUCUGCAGCCUGCUUUUCGAUAUUGCCCGGUCUCGAACUUUAUGGCUGCGCCGCGUGGAUUCAUUCAAUGAGAUCAUUGCUAUUGUUACUACAGUAGCGGUAGCUGUCAAACUUGUUCUUUUCAUGCUUGAGGCUAUUGAGAAGAGGCACAUUCUCAAAUCGAAAUACGCCAGUUACCCGCCAGAAGCAACAGCUGGUUUCUAUAGUCGCGCGGUUUUCUGGUGGCUGAAUCCUCUCUUCAAGAUUGGCUUUAACAGCUUCCUUCGUGUGGAUGACUUGUCUGUCUUGGACAAGGAGCUGAGCUCUGAGCGCCUGUUCGCCAAAUUUGAAGAAACAUGGAGCAAAGUGAUUAAGAAAUCUCCCAACACUUUGCAACUGGAGGCACUCAAGGCUGCCAAAUGGCCUUUGCUUGCAGGUGUACCCGCCCGAGCAUGUGUUGUGGCUUUCAACUUCUGUCAGCCUUUGCUUCUUGAGAGAUCUCUGUCUUUCUUCAAUUCCCCCGAGAACAACGACUCCAACAAUGUUGGUUACGGGCUGAUUGGCGCUUAUAUUAUGGUGUACUGUGGACUUGGAAUUUCAAUGGGUCAGUAUCAACACUUGACUUACCGUGGAAUCACCAUGGUCCGAGGAAUCCUCAUCACGAUGCUCUACAAAAAAGCCAGCUGCCUGACUCUUACUGACACCGACCCUGCCAACUCGGUCACAUUAAUGAGUGCAGACGUCGAGCGCAUCACUCAGGGCUGGCAAACAAUGCACGAAAUCUGGGCAAACUCCGUCGAGAUUGCUUUGGCCAUUUACCUCCUAGAGCGCCAGCUUGGAGUCUCCUGCGUUGUUCCCGUGUGUGUUGCCCUCUUCGCUCUGAUCGGAUCAUUGGUCGGUAUGUCCUUUGUGGUUGCCAGGCAAGCGAAGUGGCUUGAGGCCAUUGAGAGACGUAUUUCGUCUACUUCCGGCAUGCUUGGGUCCAUCAAGGGCGUCAAGAUGCUCGGUCUGCAGGACUCCUUCAUGAAGUUCGUGCAUGGUCUCCGGCUGGACGAGCUGGAUAUCUCCAAGAAAUUCCGUACCCUUCUCGUUUACAACAUGGCUUUCGGUUGGUUGACUCGCAUCUUUGCUCCGAUCUUCACCUUCGGUGUCUAUGUCGGCAUUUCAAGCAACCCCCUGAGUGUCUCUCGGGUCUUCACGUCUCUGUCCCUAUUCUCCCUUCUCGCGGAUCCUCUCUUGACUCUGGUCAUGGCAUUGAUGUCUUUUGCCGGUGCUCUUGGAUCUUUCCAACGUAUUCAGCAGUUCUUGGAUAAGGAAGAUCACUCCGAUCGCAGACGCCGAGCCUCUCAGACCCUGAUACUCAAUGAUCUCGGCGAGAAGCGACUGCUUAACAAGUCUGAUGAUCUCAACCUAUCUUCUUCUUCUAUUAACUCCGACUCUGUUGAAUCCUUUAAGCACACUCGCAGACCCUCCUCAAUGGCUAAUGCCGUGAUGAUUCAGAAUGGAAGCUUCGGCUGGGAUGCCGACAAAGACCCGAUUCUGAAGGAUAUCACAUUGACUGUUGCUCGGGGUAGCUUUACAAUGCUUAUUGGAUCAUCUGGAUGUGGCAAGUCUACACUGCUCAAGGCCCUUCUUGGAGAGGUCCCUUGCUCAGAGGGCCAGGUUGAACUAUCUACUCCCAGUGUCGCAUUCUGCGAUCAGACGCCCUGGCACAUGAACGGUACUAUCAAGGAUAGUAUCGUUGCAAUGUCUGACUACGAUCCCAGAUGGUAUGCCUCUGUGAUUCAAGCCUGCGCUCUGGAAGAAGAUCUUGCACAGUUCCCUCGUGGAGAUGCGGCUGUUAUUGGCAGCAAGGGUAUUGCGCUCAGUGGAGGACAAAGCCAACGUAUUGCACUUGCUCGGGCAGUCUAUGCUCGGAGAAACAUCAUUAUCCUCGACGAUGCCCUCAGUGGCCUUGACGCUACCACCGAGAACCACAUCUUCCACAACCUGUUCGGAAGCGUCGGGCUCCUCAGAGAGAUCGGUGCUACCACUAUUGUAGCUUCGUCUUCCGUCAAACGUCUUCCUUACUCUGAUCACAUCGUCGUCAUGGACACUACAGGCCGCAUCAGUGAACAAGGAAACUUCCCUGCUCUGAACAAGACCGGUGGAUACGUCUCAAGCUUCGGUCUUGGUUCGCCUGACUGGGAUUACAAGCCGAAGAGAUUCUCUGAUUCCCCAAGCUACAGCAGCAUAGACACUAUCCAGAAAGAAAAGGAGGCAAUGGCCGAAGAGCCAGAGCAUCGCGAUACUGGCGGCGAUCUCGGAAUUUACACCUACUAUAUCGAUGCCAUCGGAUGGCUUCCGGCCAUCGUGUUCAUGGUCGCCAUGGCCAGCUUCAUCUUCUGCAUCUCUUUCCCCAGCAUUUGGAUGAAGUGGUGGGCUCAGUCUGACACCGCACACCCCAAGCAGGAGAUCGGUUACUAUCUCGGUAUCUACGUGAUGCUUGGCUGUCUCAGCAUGAUUUCUUUGCUCGUCGGCGCCUGGCAGAUGAUUAUUACCAUGGUCCCCAAGUCGGGCGAGAGCUUCCACCGCAAGUUGUUGACGACUGUGCUCGGUGCGCCCAUGUUGUUCUUCUCCAAUACCGACAGCGGAUCAAUUCUCAACAGGUUCAGUCAGGACUUGAUGCUCAUCGAUAUGGAGCUUCCCAUUGCUGCUAUCAACACUGUUGCUACCUUGUUCCUUUGUCUAGCACAGAUGGCGCUCAUUGGAGUUUCUUCAAAAUACGCGGCAAUCUCUUUCCCGAUCGUUCUCGGUAUCUUGUUCAUGAUCCAGAAGAUGUACCUGCGUACCUCGCGCCAGCUCCGUUACCUGGAUCUUGAGGCUAAGGCUCCGCUGUACUCGCACUUCACCGACUGUCUUCAGGGUCUUGUCACUCUGCGUGCCUUUGGAUGGCAGCAUGCUAUGGAGAAGAAGAACAUUGCUCUAUUGGAUCACUCGCAACGGCCCUUUUACUUCAUGUUUGCUAUCCAGCGCUGGCUUACUCUCUCGCUGGAUAUGGUUGUAGCUGGCAUCGCUGUCCUUCUCAUUAUCCUGGUUGUUGCUCUCCGUGGAUCUACUCUCAGUGCUGGCUAUGUUGGUGUUGCUCUAUUGAACGUUAUUCAGUUCAGUCAGAGCAUCAAGCUUCUGGUUACCUUCUGGACCAACUUGGAGACUCACAUUGGGUCUAUUCAGCGUAUCAAGGACUUCACUCAGACAGUUGAGUCGGAAGAUAAGCCCGGUGAAGACGGCGAUGUGCCUCCCAACUGGCCGGCCAAUGGUGCAGUCAGCUUCCACUCCGUCUCUGCAGCAUACAGACCUUCCGAGCCAGUUCUCAAUGAUGUCUCACUCACCGUUAAGGCCGGCGAGAAAGUCGGGAUCUGCGGUCGAACAGGAAGCGGCAAAACCUCAAUGAUCAUGAGUAUCUUCCGAAUGAUGGAAUUGACCAGCGGCACCAUCACCGUGGACGGGGUCGACCUAACCAAUCUCCCCCGACGCGAGAUUCGCUCGCGCAUCAAUGGCGUCUCCCAAGACUCCCUCCUGUUCAAAGGCAGUGUCCGCCUAAAUGCCGACCCAACCGGGGCCUGCACCGACCAAGACAUCCAGACCGCACUCAAAAGCGUGCAGCUCCUCCCAGCAAUCCAAGAAAAAGGCACCCUGGACACCGACAUUGAUGAGAUCCACCUCUCGCACGGCCAGAAGCAACUCUUCUGCCUUGCCCGCGCCCUCCUUCGCCCGGGCAACAUCCUCAUCCUGGAUGAAGCAACCAGCAACAUCGAUACCAAGACAGAUGAAAUCAUGCAACGCGUCAUCAGGGAGAAAUUCUGUAAUCACACCAUCAUCGCCGUCGCCCACAAACUCGAUACCAUCCUCGACUUCGAUCGCAUCGUCGUCUUGGAUGCAGGGCGCAUCGUCGAGAACGGCGAGCCGUAUGUCCUCCUAACAGAGCCGAAGUCGCACUUUAGCAAGCUGUAUGCUAGUGCUAUGGCAACGGAGGAGUCGGAUUGA